AACGGGAUCUUGCGAUUGCCGCACAAAUCGGCGGAUCGUAUCGCCCCUGUCGAUCGUCGCAGGUCAACUGUACAACUACAUGGAGGGUUUCCUCGCGUGGUGUGAUCUCUAUACCCCGCCAGGAGGGGAAAUAAUCUCCGGAAGUUGCGUGAUCUGUCCUCCCAUAGCCAGCUCCCUUUCGCACCGUGGGGACUACUCACGUUGGUGAGAGUGCGGCGUACUCUUGCCAUUCUUGGUGUCUUGGCUCCUACGCUUGUGCGCUACUCAGAGCGCUACGCUUAUAAGCAUGAAAAUUAUUUACGUCUUCCCUCAGUUCACUGUACUAGUACUGAACUGAGUUUCGUAUCGCUAGUAUUCUAAUACCUAUUGCGCCGUGGGAGAACCUUUUUCAGAGGGAACAUUGGGCGUCACCACUCCUUCACACGGAUUGGGUUGCUAGGUCUAUGCCUGCGAUAACUUCAGGAAGUUCAACGAUAUUGGUCACUGGAGCUAACGGUUAUAUUGGCUCCUGGGUGGUCGAUUAUCUCCUACAAAGAGGAUUUAGGGUACGAGCGGUUGUCGUUUCACAAUCAGCAGCGGAGGCUCAAGCGUCUCACUUUGCUGACCAUGAGUCCAGUCUCGAAUAUGUCAUUAUACCUGAUAUCACACUCGAUGGCGCUUGUGAUGAUGUAGUGCGAGGAAUUGAUGGAAUAAUUCACACGGCCGCGCCUGCUCACAUCCUUGCAGAUGACCCUCAAGAGAUUAUUGGCCCUGCUGUUAAAGCGGCAACCAGUCUUCUCCAAAGCGCCUUCAAGUUCGGACGUGACGUCAAGCGCGUGGUGUAUACGUCCUCGGUCGGUGCACAGCCAAACCCAGUAAUUUUAGGCAAAGAAAUAGUCAUUCAGGAGGAUGACUGGAAUGAUGCAGUUGUGACCUUCGUUUACAAAAAGGGACGUCUGGCUUCUGGGAUGACCAAGCCAAAUUUCGAUGUAGUCAGGAUUCUCCCUGCUACGUGCAUUGGGCCAGUGCUACAGCUCCCCGACACCGUUGCUGCACUUUCCGGCUCUCCCAUCCUGUUCAUGGGAUUGCUUACUGAAGACCCGAGCACCAAUUCCUCAUUCUUGCCAGGGGGGAAUGAUUGGAUUGAUGUUCGUGAUGCCGCACUUCUCCACGUCCUCUCUUUGCUCGCCGAGAAAGCGGGCGGGAUGCGAGUCGUCGCUUCCAAUGGUCGCUUCAUCGUUCAAGAUAUCUACGACACGCUCAAUUCUCUCAAUCCACCUCUGGAGAACAUCCCUAAAGGGUCACGCAGUGUGGUUCCAAGCCAGAGGUCUCUCGUCAUCCGGAGGGACGAUCGGAGGCGGGACCUUUUCCCCGGAAUCGAACUGAGGGAUCCGAAGGAGUCCUUCGUCGAGUUAGUGAGGCAGUUUGAAUCCAAGGGAUGGAUUUCGUAAAAAAAUAUAAGUACAUAUCGAGGUGAGAAAGUUGAUGAAGUCAUCUAGUGCGUGUUUGUGUGCAUAUUAGUAUGAGCAAGUACGUCUGUACAGAUCGCCAGCAAAUGACAUGCGAAUGGUUAA